UAAUACAACGUCCGCGUGGACAUAGCAUAAAAAAACUGCAUUGCAUUCGACUUACUUUGGUCACCUUUUGUACUAAAAACUUUAUAAGCACCUUUUUAAAAAAUCACUUUCAAAUGUAAUAUUUUCUUCAAUAAAAUGAGACUACAUACCUUGACCUAGGAUUGAAACUAACUUAUCGAAGAUUUUUUAAUUAAAUUUUUCUAAAAGGAGCUUGGUUUUACUAUAAAGCGACGUUUUGGUGUGCGCAAGCCCUAAGUGUGCGUGUAUUUUUUCUACACAUACAGUCGGGAACGCCGCUUUAGAUUACAAAAAAAAUCGGUGUGCGAAAAAUAAAACAAUGCUUAACUUUUUUAAUAAAACUUGAUACUUAUUUGUAAAAACGACACUUUUGUAGUUAAAAUUUAAGAAAAGUGAGUUCGAGAUCAGACGUGCGUUUGGAUUUUAAAAUUAAAUAAAUAUAAAGAACUUUACGUAAAGAUGUCGUACAAGGAAGGCUGUCAUCCAAUCUUCCCGUACACCGCACAAGAGAAACAGGAGAUACGGAAAGAGUUAGGACUGAAAGAGAGCACGAUACAGGAGGGGAUGGAUUCCAUCUUGGAAUGGUUUGAAAAACAACCACAUUUGAUUGACGCUGGACUACCAGAUCGGGAUUUCGUUGAAAGAAUGCUGCUAAACGCCAAAGGCUCCAUAGAGAAGGCAAAAAGAAGAAUAGACAACAUUUACAAGUUCAGAUAUUUGACUCCAGAGCUUGUCCAGAACAGAGAAAACCAUCUUGAUACUGACAUAUAUAGAUUUUACCAACAAGCCACUUGUCCCGAACUUUAUAACCUUAAGAGGGUAACUGUCAUCCAGAUUACAGAUUCCGAUCCAAAUUCCUUUGACCUUGAAGUGUUGAUAAAAACCUCUAUUUUGCUUGGAGAUAUAAGAUUAAAGUGCGACUAUUUCUUGGGAGAUAUUUGGGUUUUGGAUCUCACUAACGCAACCUUUGGACACUUGCUGCGAGUAAAUCCUUUGAUAUUCACUAAGGCGUCUCGAUUAUUUUUAGAUGGCAUCGGGAUAAGGCUGUAUGCGGGUCAUAUAAUAGGGGCACCGUCGUAUGCGCAGCAACUGAUGCAAUUCUUCAGAAAGUUCGCCAGCCCCAAACUAGCGGAUCGGGUCGUGUUUCACGACAACCUUGAAGAUUUGUACAAAUAUGUUCCGAAGAAGUAUCUCCCGAAAGACUAUGGAGGAGACCAACCUAGCUUCGAGUACUUCAAAGAAAAGUACCUGAGCGUGUUACGGUCAGAAGAUACGAAAAAGUUCGUAGUGGAGGUCGCCAAACAAAUGUCUGAUGAAUCCAAAAGACCAGACGCCAGCAUUCAUGAUGAAUAUCUCAGUGGAUCAUUUAAGAAACUGGACUUAGACUAGAGGAAGAAAUUGCAAUUUUAUAACAAAACCAAGUCGGGCUGUGGUGUCUUACCAUGGUUAUGGGUAACAAAUAAAAAGUACAAAUUGGUACUUUGGUAAUGCACAGCACGCAAGGAUGAUUGCACAUCUGCACACCCUGGACACUUCAUAAAAACAUCUCUUUUUACACAGAUACUUUACAUUUACGUCCAUACGAUUGAAGAUCAAGCUCAAGCACCAAAGACCAAGACCAAGCUCAAGGACCAAAGACCAAGACCAAGGAGGGGGAGGGGGCGGGGGGCAAACCUAGCUAAGCCGUUGAUGGAGAGCGGAGACAUCGUGAAGAAACCCACAUUCCCAAGAAAUAUAUUGAGAUAUGUGACCUAUAUGGGGCUGGUUUUCCCUUCGCGGGUUAGAAGGUCAGACAGGCAGUCGCUUCUGUAAAGAACUGGACCUGUCAAUUUUCAGGUUAGGUAAGCGGACCCUGUGAUAAACGAGAUAAUGCUAGGGGGAUGAUAAUGAUGCGUUGUAUUAGAUGAUAACAUUGAGUUGUAACAAUAAUUUCUGUAAAAAUCUAUCAAUCACCUAAGACAAACGCGUAUGUAUUUCAAUCCUACACGAAAUGCACUUUGUCUACAAAUAAAGCUAUCAGUUGUCCCUAUCAUUGUUGUCUACAUAUUUCGAUAUGCUUUUGUUCCCAAGGGGAUUGCCAUCUUUCCCUGACCACUUGUCUUAGUGAGAGCGGUAAGCGAUAUUCUAUGAGGGAAUUUCCAGGUUCCUUAAUAAAUUUAUAGAUGGCACUGUGCAACGUUGCCUUCGUUCUUCUUCUUUUAUCGUGUGGAUUAUGAAGUGGAUUUCCAACCUCAUCAACCUUGGUGUCAGGGAUACUAUUGAGCCGCCAAAGGCCCCUGACAUGGCUCAUGUAACGACUACUUACUUACAUCAGUAUGUAGUAACCGGGACCAAUGGCUUAACGUGCCUUCCUAAGCACGGAUCAUCUUACU